AUGUCCCUCCCCCCGUCCCAUACCCUGCCCUCGCUGUCUCAGCCUGACCAGUUCCGCGUGCUGGACACGCUCUUCGAGUCCUCCGCCGAUCUGCACGCCCUCAUGGCCCCCGUCCUGGCCAGUGAGGCCUUCGCCUCGUAUGCCCACCUCGUCGACGCCGUCGGGACUCGCCUGUCCGCCCUCGCCACCACCCACUCCCCCGCCGAUCGAACCGUGCUGCUGGGCAUCCUGGGGUCCCAUCCGCGACUGGGACGUCCGCCGACCGUCGAGGCCGAGGCUCUGAGUGAGUUGAGCCGCCAGGAACAGGCGCAGUUGAACGCCGGCGCGCAGGAUCUGGCCGAGCAGUUGGCGCGCUUGAACGCCGAGUACGAGCAGACCUUCCCGGGGCUGCGAUUCGUAACGUUUGUCAACGGGCGCAGUCGCCCCGAGAUCAUGGCGGAGAUGCGGCGUCGCAUCGAUCGCGGACAGGCCGACCGCGAGAUCGAGGCGACCAUCCAGGCGAUGUGUGAGAUUGGCCAGGAUCGGGCGCGGAAAUUGGAGAAGUAG